AUGCAGCUGAGUGGUUGUGAAGUGAAAAAUGCAUUUUUCUGUUUCACCUGUCUUCUUACAAAUAGUACCGAUAGUGCCUGGACUGAAACUGGUAUCGCUGACUUAAAGAAUUUUCACGCAAAGGUGAAAAAACAUAAUUCCAGCGAAAAACAUUUAAAUGGGUUCAUUGAGUUUUCAAUGCUAGGGAAAGUGGACAUUAUGUGCCAAUUAGACAGUGCUUACCGCCGUAAUAUAAAGACAUACAAUGAAAAUGUAUCAAAAAAUCGGUAUAUUCUGGGUAAACUGAUAGACUGUAUUAAAUUUUGCGGCAAAUUCGAGCUUGCCUUAAGGGGCCACGACGAAACAGAAGAUUCCAAAAAUCCAGGAAUUUUUCGAGGAUUAGUCAGUCUUAUGGCAGAACUGGACUGCGUCUUGAAGCAGCACAUUGAGAGAUCAGAAAACCGUGUUUUCUUAGGCCUAUCGAAGACAAUUCAAAAUGAACUCCUGGAACCAAUUUAUGAGGUAUGCCUCAGUCUUGUCAGGAGUGAACUGUCGAAGGCAAACUUUCUCGCAAUAGAAGUUGAUGAAACUACUGACUGUGCAAAUUUGUCACAAUUGGUGCUAAUAAUUCGCUAUGAGCUACUGGGACAAAUAAAUGAAAGAUUUAUUUCCUUUGUACGCCCAAAAAGUCACAGUGCAGACGAUGUAACUGCAGCUGUUCUCUGCGAGCUAGAGAAAAUGAAUGUACAUGAAACACCUGAAAAACUGAUAGCUCAGUGUUACGACGGUGCUCCUGUUAUGAGUGGCCAUAAAAGUGGAGUUCAAACUAGAGUUAGAGAAGUGUACAGGAAUGCUCACUUUAUUCACUGUUACGCCCAUCAGUUAAAUUUAAUUGUUGAACGUUGUGUGACGGGCAAUAAACAAGUUCGGAUCUUCUUUAGCAACUUGGAAGGAAUUUCCACCUUUUUUUCCCGGUCUUCUACCCGUACAGCCAUUCUUGACGAAGUAGUGAAGAAGCGUAUUCCUACCUGUCCUCAGUCCAUCAGAUGGAAUUUUAAAUCACGGAGCGUAAUCACUGUGUACAAAUACCAAAAGGAAAUUGUUGAGUGCCUAGAAAGAAUUAUUGAUGAUGAUGCCAGUGAUUACAAGACAAUAAACAAGGCCACGGGACUGAAGGGUUUCCUGCAAGACGAAGAUUUCCUCUUCUGGUUAAAUUUUUUUUAA